GCCUGAGAGGUCUGGGGCCAUCCUGCAGGGGUUGGAAAGUUUUGGCUCCUGUCUCGCAAAGGCGGUUUCUUGCUACACGAUGCCCCUGUUCGGACUCGUGCACAUGAGGGCUUGGGCUUCACUGUUUGGCCAACUUCUGCGUUCGCCCCGUGCUUUGUGCAUCAGGGAGGUCCAUGUUCAUAGCCAGGUUGCAGAGGCAGUGUUAACAUCCCAACUGAAACCACAUCAAGAGAAAUCGAAUUUUAUUGUCAAGACCCCUAAGGGCACCAGAGAUCUUAGUCCCCAGCAGAUGGUUGUGAGGGAGAAAAUUCUUAAUAUGGUUGUUGGCUGCUUUAAACGUCAUGGAGCAAAGAGGUUAGAUACUCCAGCAUUUGAGCUAAAGGAAGUGCUCACUGAGAAGUAUGGAGAGAACUCUGGGCUCAUCUAUGACCUGAAGGAUCAGGGUGGAGAGCUGUUGUCCCUGCGCUAUGACCUUACUGUCCCUUUUGCUCGUUAUCUGGCCAUGAAUAAGGUGAAGAAGAUGAAACGUUACCAUGUUGGAAAGGUGUGGCGGCGGGAGAGCCCAACCAUAGUCCAAGGCCGCUACAGGGAGUUCUGCCAGUGUGAUUUUGACAUUGCUGGUCAUUUUGACCCUAUGAUCCCUGAUGCAGAGUGUUUGAAGAUCAUGUGUGAAAUUCUUAGUGGGUUGCAGCUGGGAGACUUCAUCAUUAAGGUCAGUGAUCGGCGGAUCUUGGAUGGGUUGUUUGCUGUCUGUGGUGUUCCUGAAAGCAAGUUCCAUGCCAUCUGCUCCUCGAUAGACAAACUAGACAAGAUACCUUGGAAAGAUGUGAGACAUGAGAUGGUGGCAAAGAAAGGCCUGGCUCCUGAAGUGGCUGAUAGAAUUGGGGACUAUGUCCAAUGUCAUGGUGGGGUGUCCUUGAUAGAGCAAAUGUUCCAGGAUCCUAGACUGUCUCAGAACAAGCAGGCCCUAGAGGGCUUGAGGGACUUGAAGCUCCUAUUUGAAUACCUGACUUUAUUUGGAAUUGCUGAGAAGAUCUCUUUUGACCUAAGCCUAGCUCGGGGCCUAGACUACUAUACUGGCGUGAUCUAUGAAGCAGUGCUAUUACAGACCCCAGCUCAGGCUGAGGAGUCCUUCAGUGUGGGCAGUGUGGCUGCUGGAGGACGCUAUGAUGGGCUGGUGGGCAUGUUUGACCCCAAAGGCCACAAGGUGCCAUGCGUGGGACUCAGUAUUGGGGUAGAACGAAUAUUCUCCAUUGUGGAGCAGAGGAUGAAGACUUUUGGUCACAAGAUACGGACCACAGAGACCCAAGUGUUUGUGGCCACACCACAGAAGAACUUUCUUCAUGAACGGUUGAAGCUAAUUGCAGAGCUUUGGGAUGCCGGUAUCAAGGCAGAGCUGCUGUAUAAAAACAACCCUAAACUACUAACUCAACUGCACUAUUGUGAGGACAUGGGCAUUCCACUGGUGGUCAUUAUUGGUGAGCAAGAAAUGAAAGAAGGGAUAAUCAAGCUUCGUUCAGUGGCCAGCAGGGAGGAGGUGGCCAUUAAACGGGAAAAUCUUGUGGCUGAAAUUCAAAAGCGACUAUCUGAGUCUUGACUCUUGCAUGAUUGCCGUCUACUCCUCUUUCUAGAAAAUGUUUCUUCUAGAACUGAGUUGCUGAUGUACUUCACAACUACUGGCCAGGAUGAGUGACAAGUUCCUCUGCCUCCUCCAUCCUUUCUGGCUACAGGAAUGUGGAAGGCCCUGAGGACUCCUGGGCUAGUGUGAGCAGCUAUUCUGCAUGAAUGCAGAUGGCUGGUAUGUGAAAUUGACAUGCUCUAACUGCAGAGACAGAUGGCAGAAUUGAAGUGCCAUUGAAUGGUGCUGAUAGGUACUGAGAUGGUUGCUUUUAGCAAGGCUCUAGGAAAGUUGCCUCAGGCUGAGACCACUGAGAUCAGAAGUCAGAUACUUAGCCUUCCACUGUGACUUCUGAACCAGAUUAUGGGGAAUUUGUCCAUAACCUGCCCGUGGCCUGUCCAGGGAGUUUUGGGAAACAGCAAAGAAGCGGGAAAAUGGCUGCUUUCUCCUUUGUUUGAGGACAGAGAUGCUAUCCUGAGGGUAAAGUAGUGCUCAUAUUGAUGUGGCAUCUCUCUAGCCCAUCUACUCUGCAUAGAGUGAGGCUGUCUGUUUAGUAAUCUUGAAAGUUGAAUUUAAUAGGUGACUUCAUGCAAUGGUCUAAUCUUUUGAGAUUUCGGAGACCAUUUCCUGUGCCAGAAUUACUGCUCUGACUAUCUUCUAUAUUCUCUUAUGGAGGUGGCCUUUCUAGAAGUGAUUGGAUAAUAUAUUUAAUAAAAUAUUAAAUGUA